AUGGUUCAUCGCCUCCAUCUCCCUGCUACUCGCAACCUCCACUCGUUUCUCCGCAUCGACGUCCGCACUGCCCGCCAACUUAAACCCCACCUCCACCUUCACGCCCGACAUUCUUCCACUGCUCGACUCACCACCAACCACAGAUCCAACAUGUCGCAUAACGACGCAGAGUUGGACGCCCAGUCACGACGUCCAAAGAAGCUAAUCUUCGCCCCGGGAGAUAUUGCGCCUGAAUCCGAAACUCCAAACACAUCCGAGACCGCAGCAAACCCUACAUCAGCCCUCCCAUCACACCUCGCCCCCGGCGAAGCCCUCCGCUCCGAUACCUCGACGCCCACCUCCACGACCGAGACCCAGAUAUUGUCACACCCUGCUCGAGCACACCAGUUCGUGACCAAUCCACCCUUAACAGUCUCCCAGAUCCACGGCACAAACCCUCUCCGUCAAUUCAACGCCUGGUUCCGUGAUCCGCGUUUGCCUGCCAGCUCGGCACCCGAGACUUGCACCCUUGCGACAGCAUCCCUGCCCUCUGGCCGUAUCAGCUCGCGUGUGUUAUAUCUGAAAGAACUGGAUGAGCGGGGAUGGGUCGUUUACAGCAAUUGGGGCAGUCGGGAAGGAAAGGGCGCGCAAGUCUUCGGGCAAGAUGUCAGCGGCGCCAAUGCGAUUGGAUCAAUGCCUGAGCCCGGUGACGAAGGACAAACUGCCGUUCGGGUGGAGGGUCUCUUGGAGCCACUUAGUCGUGAAGAGAGCGAGCUCUACUGGCGUACUCGAGAGCGGGGCAGUCAGAUUGGAGCUUGGGCGAGCUGGCAGAGUCGUGUUCUCUGGUCUGCGGAACCGGGACAGAUGGACGAGAAUCAGCGUCGCAAGAGCGUUGCGAAGCUUCAGCCUAUUGAGGGAUCUGCCUCUGGCGUGGAAAUCCCCGCCGAUAUCGACCAGACGGAUAUUAAUGAUGGGCGGGCCAUGCUUGAACAAUUGGUUAAUGAGAUGGAGAAGAAAUUUGAGGGCGUGGAGCAGAUCCCUCUACCUCCUUUCUGGGGUGGUGUGAGACUGGUUCCUGAGUCUGUGGAAUUCUGGCAGGGUCGUCGGAGUCGACUUCAUGAUCGAUUCCGAUAUAUCCGUAUUGAUGGCGCUGGUGAUGAUGCGCAGUGGCGGCUGCAAAGAUUGUCGCCGUAG